CUUCGCUUUUUUCGAACAUGGCAGAUUCAUCAAAAGCAACCUCUGAAAUAGCAAAGUCAAUUCAUUCUACAGAAAUUACAAUAGACGAUCGUCCUCCACCUUCUUUUGCCGAAAGUGAAUUUCAACAUAUUCGACAUCGCCAGAUCGAUCGCAUCAAUCCUUCUGUACUAAAAUAUUCCUCUGCUCCUUCAAAAUAUCCAAAUUUAAGUAAUGAUUGGGAAUUCGCUGGAUGGGGAAAUACUUAUUAUGUGGAACUAGAAGAUAAUACUAUCGAAUACAACAAACAACAAAAAAAACACGCUACAUCAUUACUUGGAGCAUUUCGUGCCACUUCUAUUUCUGGGAAUGAUCUUGUAGCAUCAGUACUUUAUUCUGUAGGUCCAUGUAUUAUUCAAGCAGGGAAAUAUGCACCUAUUUCAAUGCUUCUCGUUAGUGUGAUGAUGUAUCCUAUCAAACAACUCAUGACUGAAGUUAUUACUGCUUUACCAUUGAAUGGAGGUACUUACAAUGCUAUGCUACAUACAACUGCUAAAUGGUUCGCUGCUGUGGCUGCAUGCUUCUCUAUUCUUGAUUACUUGGCUACUUGUGGUGUUUCUGCUUCUACUGCUGCUGCUUAUCUUGCUAAUCAAGUCACUCUUCCUUCUGGUUUAUCUACUUUGAUCUUAUCUGUGGUUAUCCUUAUCUUCUUUUCUUUGAUCUGUCUAUUGGGUAUUCGUGAAUCAUCUUCUGUUUCUCUCGCUAUCUUUAUUCUUCAUUUACUUACCAUGACUGUAUUGAUCAUCGCAAGUCUUAUUCAAUGGGCUCGUACUGGAAAUGCUGUCCUUGUCGCCAACUGGCAAACACCUGAUCCUAUCGGCAUGAAUCCCGUUCACAUGAUCUUCAAUGGUUUUUGUAUUGGACUUCUUGGUGUCACUGGUAUAGAGGCUGCUGAAAAUUAUAUUCAAGAUUUGAAACCAAAUACUUUCCCCAAGGUGAUGAACAAUAUGUAUGGAUUCUUAUUUGUUUUGAAUGCUCCUGUCACGUUUCUGAUUACUGUGUUGGUACCUGUUUCGGUUGUACAACAAAAUGCUGCAAGUACAAUCUCUUUACUGGCUGAAUAUGCUACCCCUGGACAACAAUGGUUACGCAUGUGGGUAAUGAUAGAUGCUGUUAUUGUUUUAUGUGCUGGAGUUUUAACUGGUAUGAUUGGCGCUAUUGGACUUGUAUCAAGAUUGGCAAGUGAUCGUAUUUUGUCAUCCUUCUUUUUGAUUCGAAAUCGAUGGACUGGAUCAUAUCAAUAUAGUAUUAUUAUCUUCCUUGUAUUGAACGUAAUCUUAUGUCUUAUUGUGAAUGGUGAUGCUACCUCUUUAUCUGGUGUAUUUGCUGUUGCAUUUCUAGGUGUUCUUACCAUGUAUGCUCUUGCCAAUGUGAUGAUGAAGUACAAACGUGGUCGUCUUCCUCGUAUCGUAGAUGUCAAUCUCUCCACUGCUAUAUUCAGUCUUCUCAUGUUGAUUACGGCUCUUAUUUCCAACAUUGUGAUUAAUCCUUUGAUUGCAGCAUACUUUGUGAUCUAUUUUGCAGUUGUGGUUGUGAUCAUGAUGGUGAUGUUCAAGAGUGGGCUCUUAUUGAAGAUUAGUUAUUGGUUAUUUGAUCGUAUUGGAACCAUUGGAUAUCUAUCUGGUGUAUCUCAAAGGUCUGGUCUAUGGCUUGUCAAGAAAAUCAAAGCACUUCGAAAACAACCCACUUUAUUUUUCGUCAAGACGGAUGAACCUCAUAUACUUAACAAGGCUAUUAUGUAUGUCCAAGCAAAUGAAGAAUCAAGUCAUAUCAAGUUGGUACAUAUUUAUGAUCGAUUACAAGAUAUUCCUGAACAAUUAGAAGCAAAUCAUCGAAUAUUGGAUGAAGUGUACCCCAAGAUUCAAUUGGAUCUCGUAUUUAUUCAGGGCAAAUUUGAUCCUCCUACCGUUGAUGCCAUAUCUCAACAAAUGAAUAUCCCCAAAACUUUUAUGUUCAUCAGUUGUCCUGGUCCUAGCUUCAAAUACAGUUUAGCCGAUUUAGAUGGUGUUCGUAUUAUUAUGCUUUGAUACCCCCCCCCAUGUUGUUACAUAUAUUAUUCCCCCCCCCUUUUCUUUUACAUCAUUUAGUUUUGCUUGUUUUUUUUUUUUCUUUAUCUUGUAUAGAAUAUAUCUCAUAUCAAUAUAAACUUCAUCGAUGAAUGAUUUCC